CAGGACCAAUCGCGGGGAUCGUAGACCGGCUGUUUCCGUUAUGUAAUGCGUCUGACUUGUUUCCGGUCCACACAUGCAGCGACCGCUCUGUACCCCAGAGGCCAUUAAAGAGCGCAACGGUAUAAAAGAUGGUAGUAGAUCGGUCUCCAGCAACCGUCUCUUUUUCUUUCCCUUUCCCUCUUUCUAGACUGACGACCAAUGCGGUCUUUACUUCCUCUCCUUUCCCUUAUACAUCUGGCUUUGGCCGUCCCAAGUCAACCUCUACAGAAGCGCGCGCACGGUGUAGUCUCGGAUCCUUCUGCUGCAGCGGGACACACCUACGAUUAUAUUGUCGUGGGAGCCGGCCUUACUGGAACCACGGUCGCCGCACGCCUAGCAGAGAACUCAGAGAUAAAGGUCCUACUUGUGGAAGCGGGCGAUGACAACCGAGAUGAUUCCCGGGUUUACGACAUCUACGCGUACUCACAAGCCUUCGGAACUGAACUUGACUGGGCUUGGAGUACCGACCAAGGUAAAACCAUGAGAGGCGGCAAGACUCUUGGUGGAAGUUCCUCCAUCAACGGAGGACACUGGACGAGAGGUAUGAGUUCUCAGUACGACGCCUGGUCCACUCUACUUGAGAGCUCCGAGUCCAGCGUUGGCUGGAACUGGGACAACUUGUGGGGUUACAUGAAGAAGGCCGAAGCGUUCUCCGCUCCCAACGACCAGCAGCGUGCUAAGGGCGCUAAUGACGUCGAUUCGUAUCACGGAAGUAAUGGCCCCGUCCAGGUCACCUACCCUGACCUCAUGUAUGGCGGCCCUGAGCAACCGAAUUUCGCGAAGACUGUCCAAGCUGUGACGGGUAUAAAGCUUUUACCUGAUAUUAAUGGUGGUGAUUCGAAUUGCGUAUCAUUCACCCCAGUGUCCCUCAACUGGCACGAUGGAGACCAUCGAUCGUCUGCUGCAACUGCAUAUCUUUCACCCGUAGAAGACCAGCGGAAAAAUUGGCUGACCUUGGUCAACAACCAGGUUACGAAGAUCCUAUUUGCCGACGGUAGCACUGCCCCGCACAGGGCAACCGGUGUCGAAUACGGCUCAUCAGACGGUGCUCGUUACACUGCCUAUGCUCGACGGGAAGUGAUUAUUGCUGCGGGUGCUAUCCAGACUCCAGCCUUGUUGCAAUUGUCUGGCAUCGGUGACUCUGCUCUGCUCAGUAAGAUUGGGGUCAAUACGCUUAUCGAUCUCAAGACCGUUGGACGUAACCUCCAGGAGCAGACAAUGAACUCUCUUGGUGCGCACGGGAAUGGGUUCGAUAAAGGUGGAAACGGGCCGUCGGGUGUGAUUGCAUACCCGAACCUCAACCAAGUUUUCGGAUCCUCCGCGGCCGCUGUUGCGCAGAAUAUCACGAACUCUUUAAAUGAAUGGGCGGUAUCUCAGGCAUCUUCCGCUCUUUCUGCAGAGGCGUUGGAAACCAUUUACAAGGUACAGGCCGACCAAAUUAUCAAUCACAAUGCCCCCGUCGUCGAGCUGUUCUAUGAUACCGGAUACCCUGAUGAUUUGGGCAUCGACAUGUGGCAGCUGCUUCCCUUCAGCAGGGGGACUGUCUCCAUCACGAACGCGAACCCCUUCACGAAGCCAGCGGUCAAUGUCAACUACUUUGGCGUCCCUUGGGACCUCGAUGUCCAAAUCGCUGGAGCACGUCUGUCGCGCAAAAUUCUCAGCAGCUCACCGACCAGUUCUCUAUCCACCGGCGAGACACACCCUGGCUACUCUGUCGUCCCAAACGACGCGAUCGGUGGCUCAGACGACGCAUGGAAGAAGUGGAUCCUGGACACCCAAGCUGGCUUCGCCGCCGUUUCACACCCAAUCGGCACAGCAAGCAUGAUGCGGCGUGACCUCGGAGGCGUGGUGGAUGCCCACCUCAUCGUUUACGACACUGCCAACUUGCGAGUCGUCGAUGCAUCGGUACUGCCGCUGCAAGUGAGCGCGCAUCUCUCAAGCACACUGUACGGCGUCGCGGAGAAGGCGGCUGACCUCAUCAAGGCUGCGCAGUGAGGGAUGUCUAAGGACGAUUUUAUGGCCGCCAUUGACGCUUUCCGUUUGUUCGGUGUGCUGCUUUACUUAUCAAUUCUGCUUUCCAAGUUUGGUAUGUUGUCCGUGAAAACCGCUACGCUGUGCUCCAUAUUUGUAUCCUACAUUCCCUCAAGUUUCAGCUCCAUUGAGCGACUCGGACCUACUCGGGCCUCGACACUUGCCACUAAUUGACUCGCACAUUAUUUAUCGCACACUCCUUGCCGAAUACCCAACUGCCACUUUCCCAUACACCCCG